AAAACGAUGUGUAGUUGACGGCUGUAUCAUUUUUAAACGAUAUCUUGUUUUGUACCCUUAGAAUUUCUUCCUCUGGGUUUUGCCUUUCUCCCUCCUCCGUCCCGUAAAGAGACUGUUCCUUCUUCAGAAAGGAGGUUUGCUCUGGAGAUGAUGAAGUAUGGGAUACUGAGCGUAUCCUCUUGUCUACAUCCAAGCUUAAGUGUUUCUUCAUCCAAUAAUAUCUCGGAUGUGGGAAAUGGUGGCACAGAUGAAGCUAUCCAGACUGUGAAACACUCAGCCGUUGAUGGGUUUAAAUGGCGUUUGGUUAUUGCUUACGAUGGCACCCGUUACGCAGGUUGGCAAUUUCAGCAAUCCCCUCCAACUAUACAGUGCAUUAUGGAAAAAACUUUAAUUCGAGUUACAAAGCUAGAAAGAAAAGAUCUUCUUUUAGUUGGCGCAAGUAGGACAGAUGCAGGAGUUCAUGCGUGGGGUCAGGUGGCACACUUUGUUACACCUUUCAAUUAUGACUGCUUGGAUAGCAUUCAUGCAGCUCUCAACGGUCUUCUUCCUCCUGAUGUCCGAGUUAGAGAAAUUAGCGCUGCAGUUCCUGAAUUCCAUGCUCGAUUUUUGGCAAAGAGCAAGGUUUAUCACUACAAGAUAUAUAAUGAGACCAUCAUGGAUCCAUUUCAGCGCCAAUAUGCAUACCACAUUGCUUAUAAACUCGAUGUUGAUGCCAUGAGACAAGCUGCGAAGCAUUUUAUAGGAAUGCAUGAUUUCUCUGCUUUUGCCAAUGCAUCUCGCAAUGAUCGAGUGCCAGAUCCAGUGAAGACUAUUUUUCGUUUUGAUGUCAUCGAAAAGGGGGCUCUACUACAGCUAGAAGUUGAAGGCACGGGCUUCUUGUAUAGACAAGUGCGGAACAUGGUUGCUUUGCUCCUCCAAAUUGGGAAGGAAGCAAUUCCUCCCGAAAUUGUCCCCAAGAUUUUGGGGACUCGUGAUCGCAAGGAGCUGGCCAAAUACACUUUGCCUUCACCACCUCAUGGGCUGAGCCUUGUAGCUGUCAACUAUAACGAAGAGCACCUUGGGCUUCCCUCAGGUUGCCCCAGAAUUAGCUUUGGUAGGCAUCGAAGCGUUAGCAAAUGCAAGCUUCCUUUGUAUUAGAUUUAGCCGUUUGGUCAUUCCAAAUGAAAAGAACCCUUAAACAUUCAAUAUAGUUGAAUAUGUUGAUGAAAUUCUAAGUUGAAAUCAAUUUUGGUUAUUGAGAAA